CUCGCCUUUAUGAAUUGAAAGAAGCGGUAAUUAGUUUUCUUGAGUUCAAAGAAAAACACGAUUUCUUAACAAUGUUCAAAGAUGACACAUUUCAAUGGAGGUUGGCUUACUUAACUGAGAUAUUUAACUCCUUGACGUAUGGUAAACUUCAUCAGUUGAUGAGGGCAUAAGCAAAACCGUUAAUAACGGAUCCAGAUAAAUGUCGGCAUUUCUGUU